CGAAACAAAAAAAUUAAACGUCACUUAAACUUAUUAACACAUGAUUAGCUUUACGUAAGCCAAGAUGUUUAAGAGAACGAGAACCCGAGUGUCAGUAAGGACUUCUUCCAGCGGGAGAGUUCAGUACUCGAAGACUAUAGUCAAAGAGAAAGAUCUCGAGGAAAUAGAGAGAGACAAAGCGGAAUACACGACCGAAGAUCAUAUAAUAGAAUUGAAGGUUUUGUUGGAAAAACUCAGAACCAAUCGUAAAACUGGUUUGACGAUUGAUGAAGCCGAUGAUCGCCUCAAAAAAUACGGCCCUAAUUGUUUAGUGCCUAACGCUGCAAUAUCAAAAUGGUCUGUACUUUUCCAUAACUUCUUUGGGGGUUUCUCAUCUUUACUAUGGAUGGGAUCUAUUAUGUGUUUUAUUGGAUACGCUGUCGCCCGUACGUCCGAUCCUAGUGUGGCCGAGGAUAAACUGUAUAUGGGCAUUCUUCUUCUGAUUGUUGUGAUUGUAACGGGUGGUUACGGAUUCAUCCAGGAGGUUCAGAGUAUAAAGGUUAUUGAAGGAUUUGCCAAUAUCGUACCGAAGCAAGCGACUGUCAUUAGAGAAGGGAAUGAAAUCACUCUUCCGGCUGAAGAAUUGGUUGUGGGCGAUAUCGUUAAAUUUAGUAUGGGAAACGUUGUGCCGGCAGAUGUUCGCAUACUUGAGGUUCAGGAUCUUGCCGUUGAAAAUAGUGCACUAACUGGUGAAUCGAAGCCAGUCGGAAAGUCGCCCGAUUUGACCGAUAUAAAUCCAAUGGAAACAGAGAAUCUCGCGUUCUUCGGAACAUUUGUGGUACAGGGAACUGGCAAAGGGGUAGUUAUAGCCACCGGAGACAAAACAGCGAUGGGAAGGAUCGCUUCAUUAACAACUGGAAUUGAAACCCAAGAAACAGAGAUCAAAAAAGAUCUAAAGAGAUUUGUACAUGCCAUUACCAUCAUAGCUUUUGCUAUCGGUAUAAUCUUUUUUGUGGCUUCACUUGCAAUAGGCUACAACAUAUUUCAAGCCCUACUGUACUUUAUAGGCAUUGUGAUUGCCAACAUUCCAGAAUCUCUUCUUAUCACCAUGACCGCCUGUUUAUCCCUUACGGCAAAACGAAUGAAAACGAAAAACUGUGCAAUAAAAAAUCUACAAGCCAUAGAGACUCUAGGCUCCACGUCUGUCAUAUGUUCCGACAAAACUGGCACGUUAACUCAAAAUAGGAUGAUGGUUAGUCAUGUUUUUUUUGAUACAAUCAUCCACGGUGUCUUGAACAAUCAGGCUUAUCUCAACAAGAAAAGUGAAGGGCUCGCGGCCCUUUGUAGAGUAGCUACUCUGUGCAGUCGCGCGGAAUUUAAACCUGGACAAGAGAAUGUCCCAAUUGAUAAAAGGGAGGCUAAUGGGGACGCUACUGAAAUAGCGGUUCUCAAGUUUGUGGAGAAGAUAACCGGAAAGACCGUACAAAUGAAACUAGACAAGCCAAAGGUUUUCGAAAUUCCCUUCAACUCAUCCAUUAAAUACCAAGUCUCUGUUCAUUUGAAGAAAGAUAAUCAAUUUCUUUUGGUACUAAAAGGUGCCCCCGAACGAAUACUGAACUUUUGUUCGACUUACUAUGACGGUAGUGCAGAAGUUGCCAUGACGGCAACCAUAAAAAAGAGCCUUGAGGCCUCUGUUCGAAACCUGGGGGAAAUGGGCGAGCGAGUUCUUGGUUUCUGUGAUUCUCAGCUACCUUCUCAACAAUAUCCACCGAAUUUCGAAUUUACAAGUAAAAACAUUCCGAUAAACAACUUGAGAUUUGUUGGGUUAAUGUCUUUCCUUGACCCGCCACGGCCCAACGUACCUGAUGCCGUUGCCAGAUGUAAAUCUGCGGGAAUUAGAGUAAUUAUGGUCACUGGUGAUCAUCCUGUAACGGCGGCCGCGGUUGCCAAGAACGUCGGGAUAUUAACCGAUGGCAACAGUCCCAAUUUCCUCACAUCGACCGAUGAUUUGACUGCUGUACUACAGAACGACGUGGAGAGCGACAUACCGUCUCAUAUAAUUGUAACGGGGAACGACCUACGGCAACUGAACGCCGAAGAACUGAUGGUAUUAGUGAACUCGUAUCAGGAGAUAGUAUUCGCCCGGACCAGUCCGCAACAGAAACUUCGAAUUGUCGAAGCGUUUCAACAGAACGGAUACAUCGUUGCAGUAACGGGGGACGGGGUUAACGAUGCACCUGCGCUGAAAAAAGCCAACAUUGGCAUAGCAAUGGGAAUAACUGGAACCGAUGUGGCAAAAGAAGCAGCUGAUAUGAUCCUGAUGGACGACAACUUUGCUUCGAUAGUUAUCGGAAUCGAAGAAGGUCGACUGAUCUUUGAUAAUUUGAAAAAGAGCAUCGCAUUCCUGUUGACUUCGAACGUUCCUGAAUGCGUGCCCUUCGUUCUGUUCGUAUGUUGCGGAAUCCCGCAGGCUCUAAGCAUCAUAGCGAUCAUUGCAAUCGAUAUUGGAACGGAUCUGUGGCCUUCUAUUGCUUUGGCUUAUGAAAAAGCUGAAGCUGAUAUUAUGCUUAGAAAGCCAAGAAAUUACAAAGAGGAUAAAUUAGUCACCUGGAGGCUCAUUGUGUAUGCUUAUUUUCAAAUCGGACUGAUACAGACUUUUGCCACUAUGAGCUGCUUUUUUAUCAUGAUGUCUAUGCAUGGAUGGCAUAUUCGCAGUCUUAUGGGAAUCAGAGAUGUGUGGGACAACAAGGUACUGAACGAUGUGAAGGACUCAUACGGAAUAGAGUGGACAUAUGAGGAAAGAAUGACCCUUCAAAGGAGAGGCUUUGCUGUCUCGUAUCUGACAAUGGUAGUCACGCAAAUCGCCGAUCUGAUAGUAUGCAAAACAAGAAGGCUUUCUAUCUUCCAGCAGGGAAUGUCCAAUUGGUGCCUAAACUUGAGUAUCUUUUUCGUAUUAGCAACGGCAGGCCUCUUCGUUUAUACUCCUGCCAUGAAGCAUGUUCUCCAGUUCGAAUUCGUCAGUUGGUAUUUUGUUAUGCCGUCUAUCCCGUUUGGUAUAUUGAUUAUAAUAUUCGACGAAGUGAGGAAGAAAUUAAUUAGGGCCAAACCAGGCGGGUGGGCCGAUAGAGAACUGUACUAUUAA